CUUAUCAUGAGAGAGAGAGAGAGAGAGAGAGAGAGAGAGAGUUGAAGGACACCAAAGCACGAAACUAGUGUUCAUUCCAAGAAACACAGCGACAUGGAGAGAAAUAACGCCAAUCCCCAAGAUUUGCCCAUGGUUGUAGAGGCAAAUCAAGAAGGGUUGCAGUCAAAUGAGGAUCUCCAUCCAGUCCUUGUGCUUCGUCUCCCAUCAUUCAACUUGCCACUGAAUGACAUCCUACGGCCUCACUUCCACCUCCUUGAUCCAGCUGAUUCACCUGAACCUGCUUGCUCCUUCCUGUCCAAUCAUGCACAAUCUGUUAGAGCUCUCAUCUGUGUGGGCUAUACUCCCGUCACCGCAGAAACUCUCAAUCUCCUUCCUUCAUUGGAGCUCAUAGUGGCGUCUAGUGCUGGCGUUGACCACAUUGAUAUACAGGAAUGUCGCCGUCGUGGAAUUAUUAUGACGAAUGCUAGUACAGCAUUCGCGGAAGAUGCUGCAGACUAUGCGGUGGCAUUGUUGAUUGAUGUUUGGCGUAGAAUAUCAGCUGCAGACCGAUUCCUUCAUGCCGGCUUGUGGCCUGUUAAGGGAGAUUAUCCACUAGCUUCCAAGUUAAGAGGAAAACGAGUUGGGAUAGUUGGACUUGGAAGUAUUGGAUUUGAAGUAUCAAAAAGACUGGAGGCGUUUGGUUGUGGCAUCGCUUACAAUUCGCGAAAGGAGAGGCCAUCUGUUCCAUUUCCUUACUAUGCUAAUGUCCUUGACCUUGCAGCACACAGUGAUGCUCUCGUUCUUUGUUGUUCACUGACAGAACAAACUCGCCAUAUAAUUAACAAGGAUGUGAUGACAGCAUUGGGAAAGAAAGGGGUGAUCAUUAACGUUGGACGUGGUGGUCUUAUUGAUGAAAAAGAAUUAGUGCAGUUUUUGUCGAGAGGAGACAUUGGUGGUGCAGGUCUUGAUGUGUUUGAGAAUGAGCCUGAUGUGCCUAGAGAGCUAUUUGAACUGGACAACGUAGUGUUGUCUCCACACAGAGCUGUUGCUACCCCAGAAUCAUUUGAAGCAGUAUUUCAGCUAAUUUUCACAAACUUGAAGGCAUUCUUUUCUAAUAAACCUUUGCAAUCAGUCUAUCAAAUUGAAUGAUAGGAUAUGCAGUUAUGUCCUGUAAUUGUUUCGCAUACUGACAUCUAUUAAGAUAAAACUGAACUAUUUAUCGUGUUUGUAAUGAUCUUGAAUCAUACAAAACCCCCGAAGCAUCUAUGUUCUUAAAUCUUAAUGCCGUUCUUGUAAAUGGCAUUAAUGAGGUUAGUGGUUGGUUUUAUCUUAA